UCUUGUUAUACAAAAAGUGUCACUUUACAAUUUCAAUGCAAAUUAUACUUAUUUUCAGCUGAAAAUUAAUUGCAACUGCAUUGAUUUUAUAAAUAAUUUUAUUUAUCUCAAAUAAUAUGUCAGAUAGGUGUAAUUAAUAACAAUUUACAUAUAUUUCAGCAACUUUCGUAAUCUUUGUGGAAAAUGUCAUAAUGACAUUUAUUCAGAAACAGAGAUAGUAUGUUUUAAAAAAUAUCAUUUUAACAUUUUUUCUUGUUAGAAAAAUGUCAUUUUAGAAUUCUAAUGCAAUUUAUACUUUUUUUAUAUUAAUUGCAAAUUGCAUUGAUCUAUUUAUGAAAUUCAUACAAAAAUAUAAGUAUGUGAAAAUGUCAAAGCGACACUUUUUAUGAAAUUGAGAAAGUAUAUUUUAACAAUAUUUUUAAUGUAUUUGUAAAUUAUAUUCCUAGCUUUUAAUAUCUCUCAUUAAUAAAAUUAUCACACAUAUAUGGAAACUUAGUAUAUUUCAAAAAGUGGAUCUGUUUUUUUUUGGUAAAUUCUUUAAAAGAAAUUAAUUAGCUGGUUUGGUAAUUUUGCAAACAAAUUAAAUGUUAUUGAAAACAGUCAAACACUAUAUUUAGUACAAAUAACUCAUGGCAAUCUACUAAAAAUUUCAAACCAAAAAUUUCGUGUCAGUUUCUAAAUUCACUAAUAUAUUUUGUAAAAACUGUCAUUGACUUACCAAAUCAGAGGAAGAUUACACUUUAAUAUUAAUCAAGACCAUAUUUAUUUCAAGCUUGGUUCGGAUCUCCCGAACCCAAGCAAAAACUCGGUUAAGCUCCAACCCACAAUGGCUAUAUAAACAGCAUCCACCACAUCCAAGUAUCUUUACAUUUGUGCUAAACAAAAACAAAAGAGAGACAAACUCCAAACACCAAAGAGUUGUUUGUUCUAAAAAAGUCAAGAAAAUGGGAAUCAUAGUUCCAGUAUUGACCCUUGUUUUCCUCUUGCUUACCACAAUGAGCCAUGCUGCCUUCAAACCGAGGAUGAUUCUGGUUGGUGGAUAUGUUGGGGCGUGGAAGGUUCCAGAUUCUCCCAGCAACACUCUCAAUCACUGGGCUGAGGCAAAUCGUUUCAAAGUCGGCGACGUUCUUGUGUGGAAUUAUGACGCGAAAGUGGAUUCGGUGUUACAAGUGACAAAAGAAGAUUACGAUAGUUGUAACACAGCAAAGCCCUUGAAGCAGUUCAAUGAUGGAGACACAAAGUUCAAGCUAGACAACUCAGGAGCUUACUUCUUCAUCAGUGGUGCUCCUGGAAGCUGCACUAAAGGCGAGAAGAUUCAUCUUGUUGUUUUGGCUGAACGCAGUAAUCCUGGUGGCGGUAGCGGUGAGGGUGGCAGUCCUGUGGUUUCUCCUGUUAGUAGUCCACCGGCGCUUUCAAGUCACGCUCCAGCUCCAGCUCCAAACGCUGCGGUUGGAUUGAAGGUUGGAAGCGGUUUGUUCUUGACCGCGUUUGCGAUUGGUUUGGCUAUGGCUUAGAGGCAUUGAUCGAGAGAAUGCAGCGUUAUCGUUUUCAAUCUUUUUAGCAAGAUUUAUUAUUUGUCUUUUUUCAUGUUGUUAAAGUUUCAAAUCUUUUUUAGCAAGAUUUAUGUGCGUUUUUCAAUAAAAAGGAUGUUUAUCACUCUCAAAAGUCUAUUCUUGUGAUUUGAAUCUUAAUUUAAUAUCUGAACGUUUUUACUAAUAAUCUCAACAUGGGAACGAAACUGAAAAUGUUUAAACAAGAACAGUUAUGCAAUGAGCUAAGAGAAACUCUAUUUCAUAAAACUUUAGAGGAGUUCUCAAAAAUAUAAACAGGCUAUGAAUUAGUCACAAAAUUCUCAAAGUUUUCAUUUGACAUCAUUCUCUCAAAGUUUUCAUUUGACAAAUUACCUCUAUUAGUCUAAUGGGCUAUUUAUUCAAUGACUUUACAUACAAGGCCUUGUAGUCAAUAACAAACGGCAUACAGUCUGUCUCACCAACAGGAAAAUACAACCCGCCGCUUUAUCACC